AUGCGUAAAAAAGUAGGUAUUAUUGUGUGCCUCCUAAUUUUAGUCUUGGAUGUUGUAGCUGGAAUUCUUGGGUUGGAAGGUGAAAUGGCACAAAACAAGGUUAGGAGCCUAAGAUUAUUGAUAUUUGAGUGUCGUGAGCCAAGCCAUCAAGCCUUCGUGUUGGGGACGCGUGCAGCAUUGCUUUUAGGACUAACCCAUGUUGUAACCAAUUUGAUGGGUCUCUACAAUUGCAUUCGCAAGUUUUUAUUUUUUAGGCUAUUCUUAUUGGCUUGCUUUAUCUUAACUUGGAUUGUGUGGGGCAUUGGAAUAUUCUUGCUGUUGACAGUGAGUAAAUCAAACAACAGGUCAAAUGGUUCCUGUGCUUUUUCAAAAAAUCGCUUGCUGUUCAUUGGUGGGAUUUGUUGUUUUCUGCAUGGCCCGUUCUGUAUUGUGUAUUACUUACUUUCUGCUACUGGUUCGAGUAAGAUAUAUACUUGA